AUGACUCGAAUCAUAUCUUUUGUUCUGUUCACAGUGCAGCUCUUGCUGUUCUCCAGCAUUGUCAAGGCGGAUGCAGUUCUAGAUCUGUGGACGAAGGGACUCCCUAGUCUUGAAGCACAGCUUGCGAAGUCAAAGACAUGCACAAAAGACAAACUUCAAAUUCGGAAGGAAUGGGGUGACCUUACCGACAACGAAAAGAAGUCCUACACCAAUGCCGUAUUGUGUCUGCAGCAGGCGCCGUCCAAGUUGCCGGCAGGAAAAUAUCCCGGAGCCAAAACUCGAUUUGAUGAUUUCGUCGCGGUCCACAUGAACCAGACGCUAAGCGUCCAUGGCACGGGCAACUUCCUAUCGUGGCACAGAUACUACGUAUGGGCAUACGAGCAAGCUCUCAAGAACGAAUGUGGUUUUAAUGGAACACAGCCGUACUGGAACUGGGGACGAUGGGCUGCCGAUCCAGAGAAGUCUCCCAUUUUCGAUGGCACAGCGACGAGCAUGAGUGGUAAUGGCGAGAAAAUUACGCACUCAGGUACGAUUGUCACUGGCAAUGGUGGUGGGUGCGUGACAUCGGGACCGUUCAAGAACAUGACUGUAAACCUUGGGCCCUUGAGCCCAGCGAUUUCCCCGGCGCCUCCAGCCAACCCAAGAAGCGACGGCUUCGGAUACAACCCGAGAUGCCUGCGGCGCGAUGUGAGCAACAAGCUGAGCACGCAGUACUCCCGCACCGAGGACAUCGUUAAGCUCAUCACCACGAGCUCCAAUAUCGGCACUCUCCAGGACACGAUGCAGAGCGUGUCGCCGGUAAACGUUCACGUAGCCGGCCACUAUACCAUAGCGGGAGAUCCCGCUGGUGACUUUUACGUCUCUCCUGGCGAUCCCGCAUUCUGGCUCCAUCACGGCAUGAUUGAUAGAACUUGGGCCAUCUGGCAGUUGCAAGACCUUCCCAAUAGGUUGCAGGUCAUCGCUGGUGGAACCUCCAUGAUUGGUUUCAACAGCAGAGCUCAGAGUCUGGAUGACGAUAUCGACCUGAACAUCCUUACACAGAAGGUCUGGAAGAUUCGUGACUUGGUUAGCCUCGUGGAUGGGCCAUUCUGCUACUACUAUGCUUAA